AUGGAAGCCGCACUAGAGCCUAGCAGCACCGGCUCCGGGUCAGCCUGCCAGUACUCCGCCAACUCCGGCUGCUGGAACUCCUCCUCCUCUUACUGGGAGUACUGGAAUUCCUCCUCCCCUGGCUACUGGGAAUACUGGGACGAGGACGAUGACUACUGGAGCCAGUCCCAGUCGCUCUUCAGCGACACGGAGCUGGUGGUGGUGACGUCGCUGUGCGUGCCGCUGCUGCUGCUGGGCCUGGCGGGCAACGCGCUGACCAUCCUGGUGGUGUGGCGCUGCCCGCAGAUGCGCAGCACCACCUACCUCUACCUGGGCAGUAUGGCCGUGUCGGACAUCCUCAUCCUCCUCCUCAUGCCCCUCGACCUCUACAAGCUGUGGCGCUACAGGCCGUGGUUGCUAGGCGAGGCGGUGUGCAAGUUGUCUAUGUUUGCCAGCGAGUGCUGCACCUUCUCCUCCAUCCUGCACAUGACGGCGCUGGGGGCGGAGCGCUACCUGGCCGUCUGCUUCCCACUCAGGGCCCGCCUCCUGGUCACCAGGGGGCGUGUCCGGGUGCUGCUGGCCGGCCUGUGGGGCGUGGCCAUCGCCUGUGCCGCACCCGUACUGGCCAUGGUGGGCGUGGAACAGCUGGAGGUGGGUGGCGAGGAGGGAGGGGUGUCGGAGUGUCGCUGUACCCAGGAGGCAGUGGACUCGGGGCUGCUGGUGGCCAUGCUGUGGCUGUCUAACCUCUACUUCCUGGUGCCGCUGGGCCUGCUCUCGCUGCUCUACGGCCUCAUCGCGCGGCGCCUCUUCCUGCGCAGGCUGACGCACCGUGACCGCGGCCAUCGGCAGACACUGAGGAUGAUGGUGGUGAUCGUGGUUGCCUUUGUCCUGUGCUGGCUGCCGUUCCACGUGGGGCGCACCCUCUUCACCAUGUCGUCCGACUCCAGCCCGGAGCUGUACAGCGUCUCGCAGUAUCUCAACCUGGUCUCCUUCGUGCUCUUCUACCUGAGUGCCGCCAUCAACCCGCUGCUCUACAACACCAUGUCGGCCCGGUACCGCGCCUGCGUGCGGGGCUUGCUGGCCCUGGCACACAGCCCCACCGGAGGAGGUGGAGGAGGAGGCGGAGGAGGCACCUCAGAGGGCACCAGCAGGGGCCUGGGCAUCACCACCCGGAGCCAGCUCACACCACAACACUCACACUCCAGCACACACAUCUAG